UCAUCUUUUGUUAUUACCAUCAAUCAUGUCUCAACCUAAGCUUACUAGAGCUUCCAGUAUCAGAGACCGAGUGGAGGGUACCCUCUCCGCUCACCGUAACGAACUCGUUUCUCUUCUCUCCAGGUAUGUAGAUCAAGGGAAAGGGAUUUUACAGCCCCAUAAUUUGAUUGAUGAGAUGGAAAAUAUCCAUGUUGAAGGUCAAGCAACUGAGGAUCUAAAAAAUGGCCCCUUUGGUGAAAUCAUGAAGUCCGCACAGGAAGCCAUCAUUUUGCCUCCUUUUGUGGCUAUAGCUGUUCGUCCACGGCCUGGUGUUUGGGAAUAUGUCCGUGUUAAUGUCUUUGAUCUCAGUGUGGAGCAAUUAAGCGUGUCUGAAUACCUCCGAUUCAAAGAAGAACUUGUGGAGGUUAAUGAUCCUUUUUUAUUAGAGCUUGAUUUUGAGCCAUUCAAUGCCUCGUUUCCUCGCCCAACCCGCUCAUCAUCCAUUGGCAAUGGUGUUCAGUUUCUCAAUCGCCACCUUUCUUCAAUUAUGUUUCGUAAAAAAGAUUCAUUGGAGCCAUUGCUUGAUUUCCUCCGAGCUCACAAAUAUAAAGGCCAUGGAUUAAUGAUAAAUGAUCGUAUACAAAGCAUUUCCAAACUUCAGUCAGCUUUGGCUAAGGCUGAGGAGUAUCUUUCUGACCUUGCAAGUGAUACACUCUAUUCUGAGUUUGAAUAUGUAUUACAAGGAAUGGGUUUCGAGAGAGGUUGGGGUGAUACAGCUGAACAUGUAUUGGAGAUGAUGCAUCUGCUCUUGGAGCUUCUUCAGGCUCCUGAUCCUUCUACACUUGAGACUUUUCUUGGAAGAGUGCCAAUGGUGUUUAAUGUUGUUAUAUUAUCUCCUCAUGGAUACUUUGGGCAAGCUAAUGUCCUUGGUUUGCCUGACACUGGUGGGCAGGUUGUUUAUAUACUGGAUCAAGUGCGUGCCCUGGAGAAUGAGAUGCUCCUUAGGAUCAAAAAGCAAGGACUUGAUUUAACUCCUAGAAUUCUAAUUGUUACCAGGUUAAUACCUGAUGCAAAAGGGACAACAUGCAACCAGCGGCUAGAAAGAGUCAGUGGUACUGAACACUCUCAUAUUUUGCGAGUCCCUUUCAGAUCAGACAAAGGCAUUCUCCGUGAAUGGAUCUCAAGGUUUGAUGUAUGGCCUUAUCUGGAGACUUUUACUCAGGAUGUUGUCAAGGAAAUUGUUGCUGAGUUACAUGGUUAUCCUGAUUUCAUUAUUGGGAACUAUAGUGAUGGGAAUCUAGUUGCUUGUUUAUUAGCGGCUAAAAUGGGAGUUACGCGGUGCACAAUUGCACAUGCACUGGAGAAAACAAAAUAUCCAGAUUCAGGUACAUAUUGGAAGAAGUUCGAAGAUAAAUAUCAUUUUUCAUGUCAGUUCACUGCGGACCUAAUUGCAAUGAAUGGUGCCGAUUUUAUCAUCACCAGUACAUACCAAGAGAUUGCAGGAACGAAGAAUACUGUUGGCCAGUAUGAGAGCCACACUGCUUUUACUCUUCCUGGGCUCUAUAGGGUUGUCCAUGGCAUUGAUGUUUUUGAUUCUAAGUUCAAUAUUGUCUCUCCUGGAGCAGAUAUGAGCAUAUAUUUCCCAUACUCAGAAAAGCAGAAUAGACUUACAUCUCUACAUGGUUCAAUUGAAAAACUACUGUAUGAUCCUGAGCAGACUGAUGAAUACAUUGGUACGCUGAAAGAUCAGUCGAAGCCCAUAAUUUUCUCCAUGGCAAGGCUAGACCGAGUCAAAAACAUAUCUGGGUUGGUAGAAAGCUAUGGUAAGAGCAGCAAACUGAGAAAACUGGUCAACCUUGUUGUAGUAGCUGGUUAUAUUGAUGUAAGCAAGUCCAAGGACAGAGAAGAAAUUGCAGAAAUUAACAAGAUGCAUGAUCUUAUAAAAACUUAUAAUUUAAAUGGCGAUUUUCGAUGGAUUGCUGCUCAAACAAAUAGAGCGCGUAACGGUGAGUUGUAUCGCUACAUAGCAGACACAAAAGGUGCUUUCAUUCAGCCUGCCUUCUAUGAAGCUUUUGGGCUUACAGUUGUGGAGGCCAUGACUUGCGGCCUUCCCACAUUCGCUACUUGCCAUGGCGGUCCAGCUGAGAUUAUCGAGCAUGGAAAAUCAGGAUUCCAUAUUGAUCCUUAUCGCCCUGAUCAAGCUUCUGAGCUGGUGGUCGAAUUCUUCGAACGAUGCAAGGAGGACUCGAGCCAUUGGAAUGAAAUAUCUGAUGGUGGUCUUAAAAGAAUUUAUGAACGGUUCACAUGGAAGAUCUACUCUGAAAGGCUUAUGACCUUGGCAGGAGUUUAUAGUUUCUGGAAGCACGUCUCCAAAUUAGAGAGACGAGAAACUCAUCGAUAUAUUGAGAUGUUCUACAUCCUUAAGUUCCGUGAUUUGGCCAAGUCUGUCCCACUAGCAAAGGAUGAUGCAAAUUAACAGACUGGUAAUGUAAUAGUGGUGUUAUCAGCAACUGUUUAUUUUGCAAAGGUGUGACUACUGACUAAGAAUAAUAUUAGUCUUCCAAGUUUUAGCUGUAAAAUCUUAUUCUGAUCUAGCCUAUGUUUCAGAUAAUUGUAUCCUUCUAAGAUUAUUAAAACUGGGUCAUAGGUAGAUAAUAUGGUUAAAUAGGUGAAAGUUUAUGCAUUAUACACUUUUAACUGUGUGGAAUUGUCUAUGGUACGUUGUGUGUUUGC